AUGAUCAUUUCGUUAAAUAACAAAAAAAUUGAUGAUAUUUAGUCUCUCUUAAAUUAAGAAGGGGAUUAAAAAAUUUUUGAUUUAAAUAUUAAUUUGAAAAAUGUAGAAUUUGUCUAAAAAAAUGGAAUUAGCUUACUUUUUUCACAUUUAUCUGGAUUUUAAGACUUAAAAAAACUCACUUUAAAACUAGAACAAUAAUAAAUUAAUGAAGACACGGUUGGAUCACUAGCUGAAGUCAUCUAACAGAUAACCAAAUUGAAAGAAAUUUCUUUUGAGUUUAAUGAUGCUAAAAUAUCUACCAGUGAAUUUAACUGCUUAUUUAGUUCGAUUGGCCUCCAUCCUAGUAUUAAUAGCUUUUAUUUUUAAAUAAAUUAAAAUAUAUUAAGUCAUGUAGAAUGUUUAGCCAUAACUAAAUGUUUAGAAUAAUCCAAUUCACUAAAAUGUUUUAAAUUUUAAUUGUUUCAUUUUAAUCAUGGUCAUUAUGGAAAUUUUGAGUAUAAUGAGUAUAUACCUUAUUCUUAGUAAUCUACAUAAUUAAAUUAAGAUUCAUGCUUAUAAGUUAGAUUGCACAAUUUUAGAUUCAGUUAAGAUUGCGGAUUUAGCUUACUUAUUUAACAUUUGCACUAAAUUGAAAAUUUAAAAAAAAUUGAGCUAAUUUUAGGAGACUUAUAAAUUAAUAAAAGUGAUUUUGGUUCUCUUUCUCUAUCUAUCAAGCAAGCUAAAUAAUUAAAAGAAAUCGUUUUUGAUUUUUAUAGAGUAAAGACAUCAGCAACUCAAUUAGAUGAUCUAUUUAGCUUUUUUAGAGAUCAUACUUGCAUUUAAAGUUUAACAUUUUACUAUUCUUAUGUAAAUUUGGGAGGUGAUGAACUUUAUUCAAUUACAUAGUCUUUGAAACAAUCGUAAUCUUUAAGAAUAUUAAAAUUAAAAUUAAAAUUAGAUUCAACAAAACUAGAAAAAUAAGCAAAUCAUAUGUUUUCACAACAACUUUCACAAUUAGAAAAUAUUCGAAGUCUAAACUAUACAGUUUUAUUUGAUAAUAUUUCUUUUGUUGAGGAGAUAGUCAAAAACAAGUAUCUCUAGGAGCUAGACUUAACUUUUUGUCACUUAGACGAAGACACUAAUUAUCAAGAAUGGGCCCAAAAACUAUUAGGAAUGUCUAAUUUAAAAAAGCUUAGAUUAGAUUUUUAUUCAAGCAAUAGUGAUAUAAAAGAGAUAGAAUUUUUUAAAGAUUUAAAUGAUAAUAUAAAAUAGACUAAUUUACAGUAAUUGACAAUAUCUUUAAAUAACCAUCACGAAGAUUUAACGGGAUAGUAUAUUAUUUUAGGUAAAUAUCUAAGUAGUUAAAGAUUAAUUUACGAUUUAUCGCUUGAAGUACAUGAAAAUGAUGAGUUUGAAUCAUGCGAAAUGCUUAUGGAUUAGUUAAAAAACUCUCAUAUUUUUUCAUUUAAGUUUAAUUUUUCAAAUUGGAAUAGAAGGUGGUUUACAGAAAGAUUAGAUAAAUUGCAUUUAAUUGUAAAAAAGCAUAUGAAAAGAGUUGUAAAAUUAGAGUUCUGUUGA